CAACUCGAUUAGAUUAUUCUCGGUGCAAAACCCAAAACCCCAUAUGGCUAUUCUAUGCCCUCGUCUAGUCUUCUCCCGGGCUCCUUGAUCAUACUCCGAAGGUCAGUCUCAGAAAGGAACAGUCAUGGCGAGUGACACCGAAGAAAAUCUUCCUUCAUUGCACACCCUUGACGACGAUAAUGAAGAAGACAGACUUCUUCAAAUGGCCAUUUCCGAAGCGAAACAGUAUUCAGCCCUUGAUUCCGGCAGCACCCUACAGCAGGAUAUUGCGGGUAAUUUUGAGAAUCCAGUCGGAGGAGAAGAAGGAAUGAACAAGCCAAGCCAAAAUAGUAAUACUUCCGUUGUUAAUGUUGCUGCGGAGGAUUAUCAAGUCAGAGGAAAGUUGACUAGAGAGGAGUUGGAAGCAAUGAGGUUUUUGAAUGUCGAAGAGCAGAGGAAGAAGUGGAUCGAGGUUUACUGUGGAUUAGGGCUCGAUGUGCAAAAGGAUUAUAAUGGCCUACUUCGUUCUACCAAUCAGAAGAAAAAUCUAGUGGACUUUGAUCCACGGAGACAGCUAGGCAAGGCUCGAGGCCAUGUCUCAUUUGGCCAGAAGGAGAGCAAUGAAAAUGAAGACUCGUUUGUGGUGGAAGAAGACACCAACUAUGAUGAUAGCGAUGAUGAUUGUAUUAGUAUCCAAAGGCCUGCAUUUUUUGUUGAGGGAGAACCCGACUUUGAUUCGGGUCCUCCGGAAGAUGGAUUAGAAUAUCUCAGGCGUGUGAGGUGGGAAGCAGAACGUUUGCCAAAAGUGAAGGUUUGCAAGAUUGAACGAAGCAAGAUAAAGAAAGAACAGAGUGUUUAUAUGCCCUGUAUUCCCGAUAUUGCGACUUGCCCAGAGCACUUACUACCCCUUAAAGAGUGGGAGGAUGAGUUCCUUGCUUAUUUCUCACAGUUGAGACUGGUUUUAUCACAAAUAGAAGGCCCUGAUGUUAGCAUUUGUGGUCCACUGUUCUCAUUUUAUGUUGAUCAGGAACAACAAUCAUCACAUCACCUCACAAAAGGCAUCACUGAAGAUACCGAUAGCACAACAUCAGGAGAUGAUCACAUCCAAACUAAUGAAGGUGACAAGAAUGCUCUUAAGAAUCCCUGCCCCACACUUUCAGCUAUUUCAGGGAUGGAACCAGUGGCUCGAGCUUCAUUGCUUAGAAAGCGGAUCGCUGUCUUUGAAAGUACAGCCACAGCUUCAAGGGAUGAUUGCCUGUGGUUAUUCGCUUUAUGCGCAGCUGUUGAUUCUCCACUUGAUGCUGACACCUCAGCUGCCCUGAGAUCUUUGCUCCGCAAAUGUGCAAGCUUGAGAGCUGAAAAAACAAUGGUGGAUGAUGAAGUUAUUAUGCUCAAUCUUUUGGCAACAAUAUCUGGGAGGUACUUUGGGCAGGCGGAAAAGUGAAGCAAGUUUGGCACUUGUCAGUUCUCACACAUUUGACUUUCAUUUAACAUGCCCGGUUUUUUGUGUGUAACUUGUCAAGUCUGACAAUGGUUAGCAGCCACUCUGGUUGAUCUGGUCCUUAAAUGUUUUUUUUGUUGUUUCCAGAUUGGAAUGUUAUACAGCACAAAGGGCUUUGUUUGGUAAAUAUUACAUAACUAAUCCUGCAUUCUCAUU